AUGUUAAGCACUGUUUUACAAAAUGAUUUUAGCCAAGAUGAAGAAAGCAAUAAUGAUAGUCAUGAUGAUAUUCAGAUUCGUGAAGUUGAUAGAGUUGAUAGUUCGGAAGAUUCUGCUAGUGAUGAAA